AUGGGAAAUUAAAUGACUGGCUGUUGCACAAGCUACCAACGAGAGUAAAGAGAGAAAGCUAAUUCUCAAAUGCUAAGGUAUUCCGAACUACCACAAAUUUUAAGGGCUAAUAAUUAGCAACGUUAAAAAAAGAAGCAGGGAAUAAUGUCCUCAAAAAUGCGUUAUUCUUAGUCAACUCAACCUUCAAACUCUCAAUUUUUAUAAAAUAACACAGGAAAUCAAGCUAAUUUGGACGGGAGUGUGUUCGACAAAUUUGAAUACGACUAUCACAGGAUCAUAUCAAUUGAUUAGUAGAAUAUGAAUCCUGAUAACAAUAGUCACUUUGACUUUGACGCCUAUUAUGACGAUCCAUUUUUGGACUACGGGGUAUUUAAUUACAAGGACUCCCCAAUGAAGAAGUAUUCUGACAAUGAAUCGAAAUUCGUAGAUAAAAAUAAUUUAAAAAAUAUAAGAACUAUUGAAGUUGAUGAAUUCUAGUCCUGUAAUGAUCUGGAUGAUCCUGCUAUUAUCGUAAAUAGAGUUAUAACAGACGAAGAUGAUUCAGGUAAAAAUUACACAUGGUCAAACAGCUCAAUGUCCCAUGCAAUUGAGAGAUCUGACUACUCAGGAUCUCAAGAUUUUAGAUUUAAGAAAAAUUGCUCCUAGAAUGACAUUUCACCUUUCUAAUUCAAUUAAUCAGAUGGAAAUAAUGAUUUAAAAAAGCAUUAAAUUAUGCUUGAGUAAAAGAGACAUGAAAGAAAUCAAGGAAUUUUCCAAGCAAAAGAGUAUUCACUGACAGGAGAUUAAAUUAUAACCAAAAUAAGUCAAAUAUUCAGAAUGGUAAUGCUAAGGUUUUAGGCUUAAAUUCAACUAAGUAUUGAUCAAUCCAAGUAGCCAGAAAUCUUUCAAAGUUCAAUGCUUUUUAAUGAAAAACUCUAUCUCAGAUCUUUCAAUCUUUAAUCCUUAAGGACAUAAACCAUGAAUCCAUUAAAUGAAUAAGUCUUGAAUGCGGCGAUAAAAAGUGUUCAAAAUUUGACUUCAGUUCCUAAUGAAGAUUUAAUCUAGAGGAUGAUUAAAACCAUAAAAAAAGGAGGUGUUCAAAUCUUGACAUUUAACUGGAGACCCAUUCUAUUCAGCUCUUUUGUUCUUGCAGCCAAAUAUUGGGAAGAUAUUGUGUAUUGGAAUAUUGACUUUGUAGAACCAUUAGCGAUCUACCCCUUGAAAUCAAUUAAUCAACUAGAAAACACCUUCCUCGGACUUUGCUAAUAUGAAUUGUUUGUGAGUCUAGAACUCUAUGAUAAAUACUAUGAUGCAAUUAUUAUGAAAACAGCUGACCUUUGCUUUAAAGAUUUUGAUAGCUUUGACAACGCUUAUAACAUUUGA